UCAACGAAUUUCCAGUUUACGAAACGCGUAAGCCCAAUAAAAAGAUCUCUGCACCAUGAAGUACAUGUAAAUCUCUUGAAUCCAUGCAAUAUGGAGGCUACCACGGCUAUCAUUAAGGAGGAUGUAUACCCUGCAUCAUCUAGGACCCCCGAGAAGAAAUCCAGAAAAACAGAUAAGAAUGAGGCAGAUUCAGGUAGUACUGGGCGUUCAUGCAAGGAACACACAUUUCUGACAGAUGUGGCGGACGUGCGGACCAUGGAACAUGGACUUUUACAACUUCUUGAGGACUUCCACUGCGGAAAGUUACAGGCUUUUGGUGGCUCUAUGACCUUUGAUAAGAUGGACCAAAUCCGAGAACAGCAGGAGCAGCUGGCCAGACUCCAUUUUGAGAUGGACAUCCAGCAGGACAUGCAGAGGAGAGACACCGAUGAGGGUAGAGCUGCAGCCAAUGACAAGCUGAAGAAACUGGUUGACAAACUGCAUUCCAUAAGCUCCUCCAUACAAUCUCUACCCAAGAAUGGUGGACACAGAUGAAUAAUGAAUGAGUCCUAAAUCCAGAGGAAUUCCACUUUUUCCAGAUUCCAGAUAUUUCUCAUCUUUUAAUCCACUUUUAUUAUUGAGUUUUGAUAAACUCUGCUACAAAUCAUAGAGGGUUUGAGCAGUAUCCAAUGGUAACACAUUUAUAAUGACAUAUGGAUCCAAAUUGUGCUUUCAUUUAAUAUAGAUAUUUUUAUAUAUUUUUUGCUAGUAUAUUUAUUAGGCCAUUCAGCUUUCAAUGUGUUUGUCAGUAUUGAAGUUUUGCACAAUGGUGUUACAAACACUGGUAUUUUCUCGGGUCUGAUACAGCAAGACACAAUGUGUUUGGUAGUUUUAAGCUUUCAAUAUACUGGUAAUACUGUAUUUAUAUAUUUCCACAUUUUGCACUCAAAUCUCUAAUCUUUCUCUGUAUUUUUUACCACUUCAUAUAUACAAUAUUGUGAAAAUAUAUUAGACUUGUGAACAUUGUGAAACGAAGGGAGAUUACUCUUUACGCAACAUUUGCUCACUUUGAUUUACAUGCUGUAGAACAGUUCUCUCCCCCUGAUCAUUUCCACUUUAGUUUAUGGAAGCCACAAGCUGUCUCAGAUCUGAUCAUUAUUGCUAUUGUUGUUGAGCCAUACAAUUUACUCACCAUUGAUAAUCAAUUUGCCAUAUCGUUGUUUUAUAGAUUUUUUACAUUAAGCUAGAAUAGUCAUUUAUUGUUUAGUCAUGCCAAAGGAAAUUUGAAUCCACUUAUUUUUUUGAUACUUUCAAUCGUUUUUUCUCUAUAAUUUAAUAAGUGUUUCUAUGGUAAUGGGCAAAUUGAAAGAAGCUUUUUUUUCUUUAAUGUUUCUAGAAACUGAAUAGAUUGAAUUUAUCUAUUAUUAGAUAAACUGGUCAUUUUUUUGCUUCUAUUUUUAGAAGUAUAUUAACAGAUUUGGGCAUAUUACAUGUCUUAUACCAUCAUGGUUUAUACAUUAUUACAUGUAAAAGUUUCAGAAAUGUAUAAUUAUACAUGUAUAUAUUAGUAUACAAUCAUGUGUAAUUGUGCACUAUUUAAACAUACACACUGUAUCUAUUUAGCUUUUGAAGACCUUAAGGAGGCCACAUGUAUGUGCCAUCCCAGUGAUGUAGAUAUGAUCUGGAAGUCAGAAUGUAUUCUUAAUUCUCUUAAUUAAUUUGUAAUUUAAGAUACAAAUCUGAAUCCAAUAUCUGACUUUCUGAAAUAAGGGUCCUCAGUUUAUAUUCUGCCUUGGGCAUUCAUCUGUACUCCUGAGUGUUUCUUAAUUAUUUUUUUUUUGUUAAUUAACACAUUGUACAUGUGGAAGUGUGUGGAAUGAAUUUUGAUGACAGAAGUUGGGUUCUUUAAAUUGUUGACAUAGUUUUUCCUAGUUGAACAUGCAUAUUACCACAUAUUUAAGACAUAUAUUUCUUUUCUAAAAUAUUUAAGAUUUCAAAUAUCUUUCAAUAUCUUUAAUCUUAGUAUUUAUAACUUAUGGUUAUGAUCUCAUAUAAAGCAAAUUAAGUUUUGAAAAUGAUCAAGUACAGAUAAUGUAAAAUCUGCAUAUACAGCUAGUGCAAUAGAAUUUUUUGUCAUUUGAUGUUGGAUUUAAAUUAUCAGGUUUCUGAAACAAUGUACAAUACUUAUAAUCUGUACAGUAAAACACGGUUAUAAUGAAGUGCCAGGGACGGGCGAUUUUACUUCGUUAUAAGCAUAAUUUGUUAUAUCCAUCAAGUUCACAAUAUAUUUUAUUAUACUUUCAUGUUAAAUACUGAAAUCUGAUUUGUUUAGACGCAGCUGAUUAUCCGUUCUAUAACCCUCAGUGUUAGCAACACACUUAGCAACGGGUAACACAACGAAUUGUUACAUGGGCGUAAAUUAUGCGAAAACUCGAAAACUAUUGUUAACCUCCACUUCGUAUCGGUUGACAAUGGUUUUCUCAGGGUGUCAAUUUCAACUCUUACCCUCCAAAACAGGCACUAUUUAUACAAUAUAGUCAUGGGGAAUGAAAAUCACUUCGCUGUAAGCGUCAAUUCAUUAUAAGCUUGUUCGCUAUAACUGUACGUGUUUUAAUGUAUUCUCAAUAAGGUGAUGCCAUGUAAUGGGACAGUUGAUGCGAGAAGUCAGAAUUCUACUGAUUGUGCCCUUGUUUUUGUACUUACAGGAUUUUGAAAAUCGCAUACAAGUUAUUGAUUUAAAAGUUUACUUUUCAUUAGGAUCAAAGUUUUUACAUGUGUCAAAAUUAGUAUGAUAAUACAGAUAUUUUUACAUGCUUUUGAAAGUAAUAUAUCUAAUAAAAUUAAUUUAAAAAUAGUUUCAUUAGAAAAAUUUGACUGUUGCAGAAAUGAAGAUGUUUAUUUAAAUUGAUAUUCUUGGAUUGUGAGAAUUCAUGCAUUAUAUUGGCUUUGAUGGUAUAAUUGGCAUAUUGACAAAUAGCUCAAAGUAGAAAGCAACCAAUUAUUAUUAACUAAUGGAGAUUUUACACAUUGAUACAUGUACACGUAGAACUCAUUUUUCAUGGGCAUCGUGAUUUUUGUGAUUCAAUAGAUUUAUGAUUUUUAGUCCAGUAUUUAUUGUAUUUAAGAAAAAUUACCUCACUCAUUGUUUAAACGUGACGUGUGUGUCUGUAUUUCUUUAAAUCUCUGAAAUUCAUUCCAGCUUGCCUGAAUCCAUUGGAUGUAAAUUAUAAGUCUGUAACUUUGUAGUGUUUAAAACACAAUGGCUUCUUUGGAGUUUUUGUAAUCCUGUUCUCUCUAUGAAGUGGGAUACUGUCAGAAACCUUAAUAAAUGUAUUGUAACCAU